AGCAGGUUCACCGUUAGACAGGAAGUCAGAGAAUGAAGCGGCUCCGGUCCUGGUUUAAGUGCAUAUUACCAUCUGAGAGAAUGUCUGUAACAUCUUCAGUCUUUGUGAAUUCCCCGUCUCCAGAAAGUCGAACGAUGACUUGCUGUGGUCUGAUAACUACUGAAUGGGAACAAGGUUCCACUAUGACUCACUGUGGUCUGAUAACUACUGAACGGGAACCAGUUCCUCUGAAGAGCAUCGAGGUGGAGCUGCAGGUGAGGGACCAUGUGGCCACAGUGGUCUCUACUCUGAGCUACGACAACAAGGAGGACAAACCAAUAGAGGCUGUGUUCGUCUUCCCUCUGCCUGGAGACGCUGCCGUCUGUCAUUUCAGUGCUACCGUUGGUCAGACACAGAUUGUAGCUGAGGUGAAGGAGAAGCAGCAGGCUCGUGAGGAGUAUGAUGACGCCCUGAGCUCCGGUCAGCAGGCCUUCCUGUUGGAGGAGUGUGACCAGAGUCCAGACAUCUUUUCUCUGAGUGUGGGGAGUCUCCCUCCAGGAGAGAGCGCCUCCAUCAGGCUGGAGUAUGUCACUGAGCUGGCUGUGCAGGCUGAUGACGGCCUGAGGUUUUGUCUGCCUGCUGUGCUCAACCCUCGUUACCAACCUCGGGGAAGUGAGGGUCCCAGUGUUGAGGUGACAUCAGUUCCAGCGUCUCAGGUUCCCUACACUCUGUCUUUCUCUGCUCGACUGUCGUCUCCUCGUCCGAUCUCUAAAGUAGAGUCCAGCUCCUCCCUGGAUCCUCUCCAGUUCCUCAACGCAGAGCAAACCCAGGCCACAGUGAAGUUGGCUGCAGGACACAAGUUUGACAGAGAUGUGGAGCUGCUGGUUUAUUACAAAGAUGCCCACCAGCCCUCUGCUGUGGUAGAAGCAGGACAGGCCUCUGCAGAGCCUGGCUCUCUGAUGGGGGAUCCAGUAGUGAUGGUGAGCCUGUACCCCGACUUCCCUCAGACUGUGAUGUCUUCAGUCGCUUCGUGUGGAGAGUUUGUGUUUGUGCUGGAUCGAUCUGGGAGCAUGGAUUGUGCCGUCAAUAACACCAACCCGGAGCAGACUCGUAUUGCAAAUGCCAGAGACACGCUGCUGCUGCUGCUGAAGAGUUUACCAAUGGGCUGCUAUUUCAACAUCUACGGCUUUGGCUCCACCUUUGAACACAUCUUCCCUGAGAGUGUGGAGUACAGUGAGAAGACCAUGGAGGAGGCUCUGAAGAAAGUUGAAGGGAUGCAGGCUGAUCUGGGUGGAACCGAGAUCCUUCAGCCUCUCAAACACAUUUACAACCAGCCCUGUGUUCCCAACCAGCCCAGACAGCUGUUCGUCUUCACCGACGGGGAGGUGUGGAACAACAAGGAAAUUCUACAUCUGGUGAAGGAGAAUGCAAGUUCUCACAGAUGUUUCUCCUUUGGGAUCGGGGAAGGGGCCAGCUCUGCUCUCAUCAACGGACUGGCCAAGGAAGGAGGAGGUCACGCCCAGUUCAUCACUGGGGCCGACAGGAUGCAAACCAAGGUGUUGCAGUCGCUGCGAUUUGCUCUGCAACCAGCUGUGGUGGACAUCUCAGUCACAUGGGAUCUGCCAAAAGGCGUGUCUGCCACUGUCCUCUCCCCACCAAUCACAGCCAUUUUCCAUGGUCAGAGGUCACUGGUUUAUGCCCAGCUCACUGGACAGAGCUCAGAAGCAGCAGAGGGGUGUGUGACGGUGAAGUACAGCCUGGCAGGUCAUCCCUCGCAGAGCCGAGUCAAGUUCAGCCUUAAAGCAGUGGACACUGGAUUAACCGUCCACAGGUUGGGCGCUCGCUCCCUGAUUCGCUCUUUGGAGAUGCAGGAGGAAGAAAAUGGAGAAAAGCCCGAGGAAGUGAAAAAGAGAGUGGUGGAGCUCAGCGUCCAGUCCGGAGUGAGCAGCGCCUACACGGCCUUCGUCGCUGCCAACAAAGGCAACAAUGAGACAAUUCAAGGACCUCUUGUGCGCAGAAAUGUUGAAACCCCCGGGAUGAUGACGAUGGCUUGUUCAAUGGCAAUGCCUAUGAUGAUAUGUAAGUAAUGCUGGUCUGUUUCUACAUCCACUCAACGUCAUGAUGUCAUAUUAGCUUUGACCAUUGCAGAUCUCUUUUUGUGAAAUCUUCUUCUCAUGUUGGCAGGUAAUUACACCUCGAGUGGGGUCGCUUCUAUCAGCGGGACACCACUAAUGGGUCACAGCUACAGUUUCAAUGGUCGCCAGUCCAUCACCCACUAAUAUACACAGACAAACACUCACAGUUAUACCUACGGACAAUUUAGACUCUCCAGUCAACCUAAUCACAUGUUUUUCUAACCAUGUCUUUCUUUUUUUGGAAACAGCUAUGAUUGGUGACAGCGCACCACUUAUCAGCAAUUAUUGUGCUGUAGAGACAGAAUGUUAUGAAGCUGCUGAACCUCCCCAGCCCAAGCAGCCUUGCAAAGACCCUUUUCUGCAGCUGGUCUCCCUCCAGAAGGCGUCUGGCUGCUGGCUGCUGGAUUCAGCUCUGGCUGCUGCGCUGGGAAAGACCAGCGAGG